CAAAAUUGUUCUUUCCCUUUUCAAACCAACUUCUGCUCCCCUGACAUCAUUGGACUUUCCCCUUCUUUCUCAUAUAUAUAUUAGUGAAUUCUACUCCAUGAAGCCAUUCCUUACACCACACUCCCCUUCAGAUAUCAUCUUAACCUGGUUUUGGGUCCAUCUAAAGUCUGGUGUCAUUAUAAAAAUUACAGUGAAGGUGAUACUAAGAGACCAAGUACAGGAUGGAGAACUACAAGGCAACAGCAAACGACAUAGAAGCCGCUACGGGUGUUUACCAACCUACUGUGGAAGCCGUGAAGCCAUCAAGAUCUUGGUUAUGGACAGUAAUUGGUGUUAUGGUCUUCCUUUCCCUCGGCGCUGUAGCAUCUCUCUGUUUUGCAUGGCAUUUCGUGAAUAAGCAUCAAGUGGAGGCUAUUACGGAUCUGCAAAGCCCUACAAGCACAGAUGAAUCAAGUCAUCAGAAAAUGCUAACACAGAUCGCCAAGAGUACAAAGGCAGCCAUUCACCUCCAUGUUUUUGGUAACCAUGAGAAGAAGUCUCCACACUGGGUGAGUGGAGUGGACCAGUCCUUCACUAAAGGAGGCCUCAAGCUGGAGGACAACAACAUCGUCAUUCCUCACGACGGCCUGUACUUUGUCUACAGCCAGGCAUCUUAUGAAAUGAAAUGCAUGUCAAGCGAAGAAGACAGCGAGAAUAGCAACAUCCAUCUGAGCUACAGCAUUCGGUGGACAUCUCUCACAUCACCAUCCACAUCUAAACACUUUCUGCUAAGUGGAGUCAAAACUAUGUGCCAAACCAAAACAGAGGAGCAGGGGAAUGGACAUACCGUCUAUGAUUCCAUCUAUCUCGGUGCCGUCUUUCAGCUUUAUAAGGGGGACAAACUGUCAACAGAGGCCAAUAAUCUUGGUGCCAUCAAUAAACACAGUUCCAAAACCUUUUUCGGGGUUUUUGAGCUGUAAGAACGCCAAGGCUCCUUCCUGAGAAGGAUUCUUGCUGACCAAUGUGAAGAAAAAAGAAAUGUUUUAUGUUAAAACACUGACGUAUAAUUUCUCAGGGUGGUUUGUGAAAUUGAAUCACAUGAGGAAUGUGAAAUGAUUUACUUUCGUAAGCGUAAAAGUUGUAAAUGUGAUACAGUGUAUCAAAGUGCUGCAAAGUUCUCCAUUCUACCUGCUAUAUUGUGGUUUAAUACCUAGUGUGUAAGACGGCUACUGAACUGAGAAAUAGGGGAGCACUUCUCUUAGGGUGUCCUUCUUAGACCAGCAUGUUAAGCUUGUAUAUUUAUACUGAAAAACUGUAGCUCACUACAGAAACUGUUCAUGUACAAACUGAAUGUUGUAAUGAAUGCACUUUGUUAUUGGUUUAGUGUUCUAAAUGAUUGAAAACAAGCAAUUUUAUUUAUUAUUGUAUUUUUGAGACAUUAGACUAUGUAUUUAUUCAUUCACACCUGACUAUUUAUUACUGUUACUGUAUUUAUUUAAUGGAUGUGAGAAAAUCUACUGCAGCAGCCUUUAAGCCUAAUCUCUAUCCACUUCUUUAUGUAUGUAUGUAUGAUUACAACAACAUCAAGAAAAGAAUGAAAAAAACAAACAAACCCCUGUUUACUCUGAACUAACUUAUAAUGGAAGUCUAAGAGAAAAGUGUUG